GAGCUUCACUCUUUCAUAAAAAAUUCCUGUUAAUCAUUAAUUAUUCAAAUAUAAAAACCAUCAUAUACAGUAUUUAAAUAGAAUAUUCUUUUAAUAAACUUGUAAUUAUAUCGUAAUAUAUUUUUUUUCUUUCUUUUUUUUCUUUUAUUCAUUAAACACAUAAUAUAAAUAUAUAAAAUGAAUCGUUCAUUAAUGUCAUUAUUAGGCCGUGAAGGUUUAGGUGAAAAGAUAACAGAUGCUACACCACUUCCAGAUACAGCUGAAACUAUUCAUAUUUCAUCAUUAGCUUUAUUAAAAAUGUUGCAACAUGCUAGAGCAGGUGUACCAUUAGAAGUUAUGGGUUUAAUGUUAGGUGAACUUAUUGAUGAAUAUACAAUUAGAGUUAUUGAUGUAUUUGCUAUGCCACAAAGUGGUACAUCAGUUAGUGUUGAAGCCAUUGAUCCAGUUUUCCAAACUAAAAUGCUUGAUAUGUUAAAACAAACUGGUAGAAAUGAAAUUGUUAUUGGUUGGUAUCACAGUCAUCCAGGUUUUGGUUGUUGGUUAUCAAGUGUUGAUGUUAACACUCAACAAAGUUUUGAACAAUUACAAGCUAGAGCAGUUGCAGUUGUAGUAGAUCCAUUACAAUCAGUUCGUGGUAAAGUUGUUAUUGAUGCAUUUAGAACUAUUAAAACCUCACCAACUGCCGAACCAAGACAAAUCACAUCAAAUCUUGGUCAUUUACAAGAUCCAUCAAUUCAAGCUUUAAUCCAUGGUCUCAAUAGAAACUACUAUUCAAUUGCUAUCAAUUAUCGUAAAAAUGAACUUGAACAAAAAAUGUUACUCAAUCUUCACAAAAAGAAAUGGACUGAAGGUUUAAUUGUUGAUAAAUUUGAUACCCAUGAACAAAAUAAUGAAAAACAAAUUAAUAGUUUAUUAGAAUUAACUAAACAAUAUCAAAAAUCAAUUCAAGAUGAAGAUAAAAUUGAACCAGAAAAGAAAGAAGUUUCUGCAGUUGGUAAAUUAGAUCCAAAAAGACAUUUAAUUUCAGAUGUUCACACUUUGAUGGCAAAUAAUGUCUUAAGAGUAUUAACUGUUAUGCUCGAUACCAUUACUUUUUAAAUUUAAUAAUUAUAAACUAAAUAAAAAAAUAAAAACUUUAUAUAAUAUUAUUGUAAAAAUUUAAAUAAAAACCCAAGAAAAUCUUUUUUUAAAAUAUAU